CUCUUGUUCAGUAGCUCCACACAGGAAGACCACAGGCUGAAUCUGAGAAAGAAGAAUUAUCUGCAUUAUCUCCGCCACCAAGAUGCUGACCGUGUCUCUACUCGUUUGUGCCAUGAUGGCUCUGACUACAGCUGGUGACGCUUCCAACUACACAGAUGUCACUUCCAACUACACAGAUGUCGCUUCCAUCAACACAGUUGACACUUCCAUCAACACAGAUGACGCUUCCAACUACACAGAUGGCCCUUCUUGUCCUGCUUCUUGGAAUAAACACAAUGAUCGCUGUUUCCUCUACGUUCCUAGAGCACUGGAUUGGGCUGACGCUGAGAAAAACUGCCUGUCCUUGAAAGGAAACCUUGCAUCGGUGCACAGUGUCGAGGAGUAUCAGUUCAUUCAGACGAUGAUCACGCAACAUACUCAUGGUAAUCCAAUCACCUGGAUUGGAGGCACCGAUUCCCAGAAGAACAAUGCUUGGUUCUGGAGUGAUGGCAGACCUUUCUCCUUUACAUUCUGGUGUGCAGGUGAACCCAACAAUGCAGGUGGCAACCAGAAUUGUAUCGAGAUGAAUUACGGAGUGCACAACUGCUGGGAUGAUAUCCAGUGUUCCAAUACACUUCCAUCUGUCUGUGCCACCAACCUAUAAGAAUCUCCUGAGCUGACACAGAGAUAAAUUGUGCCUACCACGCACAAACAUCUUCUGGGCGUGUGACAGUGUGGAUUUCUCUGCGUCAUCAGUCUCAUGUGUAAUCACAUCUUUAAUUCUCCGUUUGGCUGUAACCAAACUUCCUGACUUCCUCUUUGACCUUUAUUAAGAGAAGAAUGGAUAUGUUGUGAAAAGAACGCUUUUAGCACAAACUCAUCUUUGGUGCACUUUGAAUUAAAACUCUGGAGCAUUGAAACAA